GUCCACCGACUAGAACCCCUCCUGGCAGUGGGACUCCAAAAAAACCUUUUUGUGAUUCGUAUAACCCAUAAUUUGGCCGAUUGACAUUGAAGCAGCUGAUCUGAAACUAGCUACCUUUCCUACAAAAUGGUCGUGACCCGUUCCCCCCUCCACCCCCGAACGCUCGCGAAGGCGCUGACUGUCCUCGCACUCACGACUACUCAGCACCUGGUAGAUGCGAAGAAGAAGGGGAACAAGAAGAAAAAUGCGAAACCCAGCUACUCAGAAGAUAACAUACCACCCGGCGGCGCGAACUACGACGACAUUCUUGGCGGUGGGGGAAAGGGAGGACUUGGGGGCCUCGGCGGACUCGGCGGAGACGACGGGUAUGGGGAUUUGUUCAAGCCAGAAACCAACUGCCCAGUUUUCACGUGCCCAAAAGGACAGAAGCCGGUGCAGAAGGGUGGGAGUAAAAAGAAGGACUUCCCGGUGGUUUACGGUUGCGACGCGAGUUCCUUUGACAUGAUGAUGAUGCUGGAUCCGAGUAAUCUAAACGGCGCGAAAAAGGGGGGAACCAGGGAAAAAUUGUGGAAGGUAUAAUAAAGUAGAGCUGCUGCAAAUUGUUAGUGCAAUUGGAGGUUGCGAUCAUGCAUGAUUGACAAAACACAACUCAUACUAUGCCUGAUGCUUUUUCCGCAUCGCGAUCUCAUACACUACGAAAAAUUAUCAGUGUUGUGUCGGGCGGGACAUCGGACAGCAAACUUGCGUAUCAAAUGCAAAAAUGUCUGGGUCUGGAAGAAUGCAAGUUUGUCAUGCUUGUCUGGCAUGACUCGAGAAUCUGUGUUGCAUAGCCACGAAGAGGCCCUCUUACCUGUCAUGCAAAAACGCAGUUUGCCAUGCGGAAUACGUAAGACAUGGCAGCCAAAAAAUUCGUCAUGCGUAGCUGCGUAUUGCAGUGCGUUUAUCAUUCACUUUCAGCAUUACAAGUUUCCAGACCGAGACAUAUUUGCAAUCCAUAUUGCGGCAGAACGAAGAAAGAGAUAGAGGACGACUUUGGCACAUGUACAAACAAGAAAUGCAAGGGAGAUAAGAACUGCAAAAUGAACGCACAAUUCGGUUCCAUGAUGUCCGGGGGAAUCAGUGGCGACAAAUGCGACGAGUAUAGGGAUAUUUAAACAACUACGUGAAUUUAAAUUUUUUUCUAUUUUGUCAUGCGGUGCAUGCACGAGCACGAAUCUUCUGAGCAGUGUGUCAAUCAAUCUGUGUAGCUGCAUCAUGUUUAAUACAUAUACAACAUUAUCAUCCAGGUACAACAAAUCCCAAGCAGCGAACUGCGAGUGCGUUCCGGAGGAUGACACGCAAGACUCCUUCAAAAAAGCUUUGAAGGGUUUCUACGGGAUUUUUGCAAAAGAGAAACUGCCGAAGGACGGCGGCGAAAUCGACGACCAGUGGAUGUCCGAAACGGUGUACAAAAGCUUCAAGAAGGGACAAGAGCCGAAGAUCUGGUAAUUUUUGAUUAAAAACUUGACAAAAUUGACACGAAUGGAAACGAAGUAGUACCACAGCAUGACAAAGAAUAAGAAAAACACUUCUUUUGGGUGGAAAAAUUUCUGCAUUUGACAAAAAACUCCUUAAAAACAGGAACGCUCUGUUCACAAAAUACUCCUCCAAUCUCCGGCACGAGGACAAGCCGAAGCCAAAAUACGACUACCCGCCCCCCAUGGACGAGGACCUGCCGGAUAUGAAAACCUCCAGUAGUUCUGCGGAUGCGAAGAAAAACACAGAAAAACCGGCAAAAACCUCCAGCACAUAUGAACUGCAAAAGUAUCGUACUCGUAGAAAUGCAUGACAAAUUCCCUCAGCGUGAGAAAUAUAAUUUGUCAUGCGGAUUUAGCUUGAGACGAAAAUUUGUAAUGCAUGAUUGCGAUUACUACGAGUGCGAUACUUUUGCACAGGAUAGCACAACCACCACCACGAUGCCCGGGGAUGACGACUUUGGGGCGACGCUUGGGGGGGACGAAGAACUAGUCGAAGAUGUGGAGUUGUAAAACCGCGCGGGAGAGGUUUACGUAUCAAGAAAUCGCACUGGGACGAGUUAUAAAGCGAUCUUCUUCUCUUUGAGGGUGAUGAGCUCGAAAAAUCCUAUAACGACUUUACACUUACAUCUAAAAGAUGAGCGAAGUAGAACUUACAUCAACAUAGAUACGGGACAAAAGCUACUACAUCUAGUGACACACAGAUACAAUUACCGAAGAUCUCUUUCGUUUUGAGAUCUGCGACGCGAGCGGUAAUUUUGUUUUUGACCGGUUAUAAUCUCGACACAGACCUGCUUUGACAUCAAAAAUGCG